UCUUGUUGUGGCUGAUACCGGAAACGGAAGUAGUCGCGGGCAGGCGCUCUGGCCUACUAUUGCCGAGCGUCUUGUCGUCUUGUUUCAGAACAAGGGAACUGACCGAGAGAGAAAGGAAGAGAGCGGGAGAUCAUGGAUGAAUUUUCUGACCCAGAUCUAGCUGUUCUGGGCGAGGAGUCCAAAUCAGAGAAUGGAGAGAACGCUCCAGUUUACUGCAUUUGCCGCAAACCAGAUAUCAAUUGUUUCAUGAUAGGCUGUGAUCACUGCAAUGAAUGGUUCCAUGGCCAUUGUAUUAACAUUACUGAGAAGAUGGCAAAAGCCAUUCGGGAGUGGUACUGCAUGCAGUGCAGAGAGAGAGACCCAGCACUUGAGAUCCGGUACAGACAUAAAAAGUCAAAGGAGAAGGACCGUGAAGGGGAUCGGGAACGUGCUGAGAAAGAUGAGUUGCGUAUGAAAGCACAGGAAAUGGCACUGGAGCAAAGCCGAAGCUCAAAGCAGAUCAAGCGCUCAGCGCGCAUGUGCGGUGAAUGUGAGGCUUGCCGACGCACAGAGGAUUGUGGUCAGUGUGAUUUCUGUCGCGACAUGAAGAAGUUUGGGGGACCCAACAAGAUCCGCCAGAAGUGCCGCCUGAGGCAGUGCCAAGUUCGGGCUCGGGAGUCCUAUAAAUAUUUUCCAGCUUCGAUGUUACGGGGGCGGGAGGAUGAUCUGCAGAUGCUAAAGGAACAGCUAGAGUCGGCUGCCACACCCGAACCUCUCUCGGAUGACGAUCUGCACAUAGAUCCCGAUUUGUAUCAGGAGCUUUGCUCAGGGGCCUUCGAUGAUCAGAACCUGCCAUGGCUCAGUGACACAGACGAUGGGCCCUUCCUUGAUCCCAUGUUGCGGAAACGUGCUGUGAAGGUGAAGCAUGUCAAACGGAGGGAGAAGAAAUCUGAGAAAAAGAAGGAUGAGAAAUACAAGCGCCACAAGCAGAAGCAGAAGCACCGCGACAGGUCCAAGCAUGCUGAGCGGGUGGAUGCCAAAGACCCUUCCUCUUUACACCAGUGCCUUGGUCCCGGCUGCAUCCAGGCUGCCCGAGUCAACUCCAAGUACUGCUCUGAUGAGUGCGGCAUGAAACUGGCAGCUAACCGUAUCUACGAGAUCCUCCCCCAACGCAUCCAGCAGUGGCAGCAGAGUCCUUGUGUGGCAGAAGAGCAUGGCAAGAAACUCCUGGAGCGGAUACGGCGGGAGCAGCAGCAGGCCCGACUCAGGCUCCAGGAAAUGGAACGCAAGUUCCACGAAUUGGAAGCCAUCAUUGUCCGGGCCAAGCAGCAAGCCAUCAAAGAGGAUGAAGAGACCAGUGAAGGAGACAGCGAUGAUACAGACUUGCAGAUCUUCUGUGUUUCAUGUGGCCACCCGGUCAACCCCAAGGUUGCCUUGCGUCACAUGGAGCGGUGCUAUGCUAAGUAUGAGAGCCAGACAUCCUUUGGGUCUAUGUAUCCAACACGUAUUGAAGGGGCUACUCGUCUUUUCUGUGACGUCUAUAACCCACAAAGCAAGACCUACUGCAAACGCUUGCAGGUUCUGUGUCCAGAGCAUUCGCGGGAUCCCAAGGUGUCAGCAGAUGAGGUGUGUGGUUGCCCCAUGGUAAAAGACGUAUUUGAGCUCACUGGGGAGUUCUGCCGUGUGCCCAAACGAAAAUGCAAUCGACACUACUGCUGGGAGAAGCUGCGCCGGGCUGAGGUGGACUUGGAGAGAGUACGCGUGUGGUACAAGCUGGACGAGCUGUUUGAACAGGAACGAAAUGUACGGAUGGCCAUGACCAACCGAGCUGGGCUUCUUGCUCUCAUGCUGCACCAGACAAUCCAGCAUGAUCCACUGACCACAGACUUGCGUACAACCACUGAUCGCUGAGCUAGUAAGCGAAAGGUGCUGUUGAGCCUAUGGACAAGAGCUUCCCAAUUCAGUGCCAAUUGAACCAGAAUCUUUUUUUAAAAAUGAUUUUUCUUAAUCUCUUUUUUCAUUAAAACAGUCUGGUGUA